AUGGCGCGCGUAGCUAUGAUAGGGACCGCGGCCGCGGAGCCGGCGGCGGACGGGGCUGGUGUGUCGCAGCUCAAGUAUGAGGUCCCUGGCUACGGGACGGCGACCUUCGAGCUGAAGUCCGAGAAGGCCGCGGGUGACCGCGAGCCUGUGCAGGCGGCGGAGCGCUCGUUCAUCGAGCGCACCGCGUCGCGGAAGGAGAAGCCGACGGAGGAGCAGAAGGAAGCUCGGGCCGCGGCUCGCAGGGCCAAAAAGGCCCGGCAGAAGAAGAACAACGCCGGGUUCGGCGACCUGGUGUACGCCACGGUCCCUCUGGGCUCCGUGGCGACGAAGGUCGCCCGGGACUGGCUCGCAAACGAGCUCUACGAGCCGUCCCGGCGCGGCAAAAUCGAUGCGGCCUGCAGGGACCGAAAGGUCGCCGACCUGAUCACGGCUGCCGGCGCCUCGGCGCCGGCCGACGCCGUGUUCGGCGGCGGGUUCGCGACGGGCGAGACGCCCCGCCCGACGACCUCCGCCUCCGAGGCGGAGGAGGGCGACGGCGUCGGCGGCGAUGGCGGGACCGGCACCAAGGGCUUUGACCUUUUCGGGCCGGACCCCACCCCCAUGGAGGACCUCUGA